GAGGGUGGGCUUGGAGGCUGGAGAAAGGAGGAGCCCCUUUCUAGGGGCGUGCAUGUUGCGUGGCACACCAGCAGCUCCGGGGAGGGACUUGAAGUGGAAGAGGGUUGAAUCCCGGCUACUGCCUCUGGAGGAUCCCUCUCUUCCCCCCUCCAAAAAAAAGAGUUAGUUUUCAAACUGAGGAAGUAGGGGGAAAGCCUCUUUUCACCAUGUCUUUCCACUUCCAGGUUCUGCUGCUGAUCUUAUAUCUGAUCAUCCAGGGGGGGGAAAGUGCAAAACAGAAAGAUCAUUUAUUGGUUCUCACGGUGGCCACCGAGGAGACCGAAGGAUUCCACCGUUUUCGACGCUCGGCUCAGUUCUUCAACUACAGCGUCAAGGUGCUGGGUCUGGGCGAGGAGUGGCGUGGCAGUGGGCAGAAAAUCCGACUCUUGAAAUCAGCUCUGGAAGAAUACGUGGAGAAGGAAGACCUGGUGAUCCUCUUCACGGAGAGCUACAAUGUGGUUUUUGCAUCGGGGCCCGUGGAGCUGCUGAAGAAAUUCAGGCAGGCAAAGUCUAAGGUCGUCUUCUCGUCGGAGACGCUGAUCUAUCCAGACCGAAGGCUGGAAGCCCAGUAUCCUCAGGUCCGGGAAGGCAACCGCUUCCUGGGAUCCGGAGGAUUUGUGGGUUACGCCACGCAUCUCAGCAAACUAGUUUCUGAUUGGGAGGGUACGGAUAGCGACAGCGACCAGCUGUUUUACACAAAAGUCUUCUUGGACCCCGAGAAGCGAGCAAGCAUCAACAUAACGCUGGACCACCAGUGUCGGCUCUUUCAAAACCUCAACGGCGCCCUGGAUGACGUGGUCCUGAAGUUUGAAACGAGGCGGGUGAGGGUGAGGAACCUGGCCUUCGACACUCUUCCGGUGGUGAUUCACGGCAACGGCCCCACCAAGCUGCAGCUCAACUACCUCGGGAAUUACGUCCCCCAGGUCUGGACCUUCGAGACGGGCUGCACCGUGUGCGCGGAAGGGUUGAAGAGCCUCGCGGACGUGAAAGACGAAGCGCUGCCACUGGUUCUGAUCGGCGUUUUCAUUGAGCAGCCGACCCCAUUCCUCACUCAGUUCUUCCAAAGGCUUCAGAAGCUCCACUAUCCGAAGAGACGGAUCCUGCUGUUUAUCCACAAUCAUGAGAAGCAUCAUCUCCCCCAAGUGGAUGCGUUUGUGCAUGCACACGGGCAGGAAUACCGCUCGCUUAAAGUUGUGGGGCCCGAGGACCACUUGGAGAACGCUGAUGCGCGGAACAUGGCCGUGGACUUGUGCAGGCAGGACCCCGUGUGCGAAUACUACUUCAGCCUGGAUGCCGAGGUGGUGCUGAAGAACCCAGACACCUUGCGGGUCUUGAUGGAGCAGAACAAGUUUGUGAUUGCCCCACUUGUAAGCCGCCUUGGGAAACUGUGGUCAAACUUCUGGGGGGCCCUGAGCGCCGAUGGCUUCUACGCCCGCUCGGAGGAUUACAUGGAUAUUGUUCAGGGCCGGAGGGUCGGCCUCUGGAACGUCCCCUACCUCUCGAGCGUCUAUCUGGUCAAGGGGAGCACCUUAAGGGCUCAGCUCAUGCAGAAGGACCUUUUCCACAGCGGCAAACUGGACGCCGACAUGGCUCUGUGCCACAACAUCCGGGAACAGGGCAUCUUCAUGUAUCUGACCAACCAGCAGCCGUUCGGACACUUGCUGUCCCUGGACAAUUAUCAGACGAACCACCUGCACAACGAUCUGUGGCAGAUCUUCAGCAACCCGGAGGACUGGAAAGAGAAGUACAUCCACGAAAAUUACACUGCAGCCUUAAAAGGGAAACUGGUGGAAACGCCUUGCCCAGAUGUUUACUGGUUCCCCAUAUUUACUGAUGCAGCUUGUGAUGAGCUGGUAGAAGAGAUGGAGAAUUUUGGCCAGUGGUCCAGAGGGGACAACACGGACAACAGAAUUCUGGGGGGCUAUGAGAACGUCCCGACGAUUGAUAUCCACAUGAACCAGAUCAACUUUGAACGGGAAUGGUACAAGUUUCUUCUGGACUACAUUGCACCCAUUACAGAGAAGCUGUACCCUGGAUACUACACCCGGACCCAGUUUGAGCUGGCCUUCGUCGUCCGAUAUAAGCCGGACGAGCAGCCCUCGCUGAUGCCCCACCACGACGCUUCCACCUUCACCAUCAACAUCGCACUGAAUCGCGUUGGGAUCGAUUACGAAGGUGGUGGCUGCCGCUUCCUCCGUUACAACUGCUCCAUCCGGGCCCCUCGGAAAGGGUGGACCCUCAUGCACCCGGGGCGCCUGACGCACUACCACGAGGGCCUCCCCACCACCAAAGGGACCCGCUAUAUUGCGGUGUCGUUUCUUGACCCUUAGAGCCGCCUCUUUCGGAAGGAAAGGAUAAAGAGGAAGGAGACCUUCCCUGCCAGCUUCAACCCUGGACCAGGAAGAAUGGAAAUCCUUCAGAAACCCAAUGGACUGGACUGGAUACGGAUCCGACGCGUUCUUGAGAGCCCAUGUUUCGCCCUGAUUACACUCUGCUGUCUACUUCCAAAAUAGCAGUCUUAUCAAUAAUUGUGGUGCUGGAGGCAGCCUUUAUCCUCUAACUGUCCCAUCCCUCUGAUUAAUGCUGGACACGAUCCCUAGUUUCCGUAGUUUUUCAUCUUUUCCGUGAGGUUUGUGUAGGCAAGCUUCCCCAACGGGGAGAGAGAGAAUCCCUCUGGCCAUGCUCAGCAGCACUUUUGCCCUCCACUUUGGGUAGGUAUUUCCUUCGCAUGCCCACCUUUCUCCAGAAAUGCUGGAUCCUUGGAAAAAGGAUGACCGUGCCUUCUGAGCAGAGUUUGUUUCAUCUCAUGUUGGAGAUGCAGCAACAACAACAAAAAAGAUAGAACGGGUAAGAGGAAUAGCAAAAAUGCCAAGCACAGUUUCUCCGUGGUGUCCCCGAUUUCGUUUCCUCCUGAACGCUGGCCAAGAGGAGGAAAACCAGGCAUUAAAAUUCUACCCAAAAUGCAGAAACAUGGACAAUGCCUCAGUGUGGGCUGGAUGCCCUACUUCUCAUUUUGAUGUGAAGUGCCCCUGCACCACCCCCAUACAUAUUUAUUUAAGAAACUUGUCUUGUAUGCUAGGAUGUGUAGUUAUUUUUCCUCCCUCGAACAAGGUGUACAGAUUUCAACCAGAGAUUUUUACAUUAAAAAGUUCGCGAAA